AUGUCCAAACUCUUUAUUGGUGGCCUCGCGUGGCACACCACAGACGAAACUCUACGUCAGGGAUUCGAGAAAUUCGGGACCAUCGAAGAAGCUAUUGUUAUCAAGGACCGGGAUACCAACCGCAGUCGUGGUUUCGGUUUCGUGCGAUUUGCAACCGAUGCCGAGGCUGAUGCUGCCAUCGAUGGCAUGAACAACCAGGAAUUCGACGGCCGCGUCAUUCGAGUCGACCGAGCAUCGAAUAACGCUCCAUCGCGAAACGAUGGCGGCUUUCAUGGUCGUGGUGGAUACAAUCGCUUUGAAGGGGGUGGUGGUAAUCGUGGAGGCUACAACGGAGGUGGCUACGGUGGACAAGGAGGUUGGGGCAACAAUCAAGGGGCACAACAAGGUUCUGCCUAG